AUGCCUGCACUCAGCUCGGUUUCCAAGGAUUCUUUGGUCCUGGAGGAGAAGAAUUUCACAAUAGGCAAUUACAGCGAGAGCAGGGAAAUCGUGUCUUCCAUCAAGGUUCCCAAGGAGGUGCAGCAGAACGGAACCCUCUGGGCGCACUUCUAUGUGGCCCUGAGCGGCCACCAGCUUGACCCAGCUGCAAAGGACUACAACCCCGGGACGGCCGUUCAUUUCCUUCGUCCGCUGAAUCAGUACCUGCCGAAGAAGAAGCCGAAAAAGCUGAAGAACCUCCUUUCCGGUAGCAACGAGACGGAAGAAGUGGAUGACGAUACCCCGGAUGUUCAGAUCGUGUCCUACUAUCAUCCGAACUUCACGGUCUCCGUCAUUCCCGACUCUGGUAUCCAGAAGUAUAAGAUGAUGCAUCCUGCCGUUCGGCAAUACGUGCAGCUGGAAAGCACUGGCGCUCGCGAUAUCACGGGCCAGAAUGGCUGGUACUAUCCCAUCGUAUUCCUGAACACUUUCUGGCAGCUCAAGAGUCAUAUGACGGAGCUGAAUUCGACUGUCGAGACGUUGCCCAUUCGCAUCACCCUCAACAAUUUGAGCAACUGGAAGUUCAGUCUUCUCGCUAACUUGGAUGAAGGAGUGAAACAAAGCGCCCGACAGGCCGCAACUGGAGGUCCUAUGCCCGCUGGAGGAGAUGGCAGCGAAUUCGAGAUGCUCAAAGAGAUCCUCCUGGAUACCAACGUCUACCUGCUUGCUACCACUGGUAUCGUCAGUGUCUUGCACAUGAUCUUCGAGACCCUCGCCUUCAAGAAUGAUAUUGCCCACUGGCGCAAGAAGAAAGAUGUGGUCGGAACUUCGCUUCGGACCAUUCUUGCCAAUGUCGUCAUGCAGACGAUUAUCUUCUUAUACUUGCUCGACAAUAGCGAGGGCACGUCUUGGAUGAUUCUUGCCAGCCAGGGCUUUGGCAUCCUCGUGGAAGCCUGGAAGAUCACCAAGACCGUCAAUGUGCGAUUCAGACCUCCUCCGCAAAACUCGUUCUUCUCCUUCCUUCCAUACGUCAUCGUCUUUGAGGACAAGCACAAGCUCAGUGAGACUGAACGGAAGACGAAGGAGUAUGACGAGAUUGCGUUCAAGUGGCUCUAUAUAUUCGCUGUUCCUUUGUUGGCAGCGUACGCCAUUUAUAGCCUGGUCUAUCAAACCCACAAGUCGUGGUACUCCUUCAUCAUCGAGACUCUGGUUGGGAGUGUCUACGCUUACGGUUUCUUGAUGAUGGUGCCGAGUCUCUACAUCAACUAUAAGCUGAAGUCGGUUGCCCAUAUGCCUGCCAAAGCGCUGAUGUACAAAUUCCUCAACACGUUCAUCGACGAUCUCUUUGCUUUCACCGUCAAGAUGCCUUGGUUGCAUCGACUUGCGACGUUGAGAGACGACGUCAUUUUCUUCAUCUGGCUUUAUCAGAGCUGGAAAUACAAGGUCGACUACAAGCGUGUCAACGAGUUUGGCCAGGGCGGCGAGAGUGACGAUGAGGAGGUGGAAGAGGAGGUCGUCUCUAAUCAGGUGGAAGCCGAGAAGUCGACCGGCCGUGCAGUAGAAGCUUCAGGGAACGAAUCAUCAGGCUCAGCGAGGAGGAGGAAGUAG